UAUUUUAUAUUCUGGUUUUGAAAUCAUGAUUAUGUAUAUUUCUGUUGUAUAAAGGGGAUAUCAAAUCGCCUCAAAUUUCAGUCAGCUAUGAUUUCCGAUCAAGAGAAUAAAUGUGGCCUAUCUAUCAAAUGUGUUGAUGAGUCUACAGAAAAGGUGAAUGAUAUCUCAAACAUGACAAAUUACUAUUCACUUGACAGCAGUGUUGGGAGUUCUGUUGGAAUGUCAUCAGGGGGCAUGCCUUCCCAGAUGGGGUCCAUGAACUCAAUGGGUGGGUUAGAUUCUCCUCCUGAUAUAAAACCAGAUAUUGGACAACUACAGAUGCCUGGUCACAACUUCUUUACUGGAUUUCCUCCAGGUUUACAGAUGCCAAUGCCUUCCACUCAGCCAUCACCAGGAUCUGCUCCCAUGCAGUCACCAGGUUUAUUGUCACCAUCAUCGUCAGUUACUUCUCCAUCGUCUAUGAUGUCUGUAGGCUCACCUGGAUCCAUUGGAUCUCCAACCAAUGCUUUUUCUACUAAACAUAUAUGUGCUAUAUGUGGAGACAGAGCUUCUGGAAAACAUUAUGGAGUUUAUAGUUGUGAAGGUUGUAAAGGAUUUUUCAAAAGAACAGUGAGGAAAGAUCUGACAUAUGCCUGCCGAGAUGACAGAAAUUGUAUCAUCGAUAAACGACAGCGAAACCGAUGUCAGUACUGCCGCUACAUGAAAUGUUUAACCAUGGGAAUGAAGCGAGAAGAUGUGAAAAGUGUUGCUCCUCCUGCAGAUAACAGCGGAUCAUCAUGGGGUGCUGUUCAGGAAGAAAGGCAAAGAAAUAAAGAAAAAGGGGAGGGAGAAGUAGAAAGUACUAGUGGAGCUAACAAUGAUAUGCCAGUAGAAAAGAUCUUAGAGGCAGAGCUAGCCGUUGAUCCCAAUACUGAUACAUAUAUUGAUACUCAGAAAGAUGCUGUUACCAACAUAUGUCAGGCUGCAGACAAACAGCUGAUUACAUUAGUAGAAUGGGCCAAGAGAAUUCCACACUUUGUAGAACUACCAUUGGAGGAUCAAGUGAUACUGCUGAGAGCUGGCUGGAAUGAAUUGUUAAUCGCUGCAUUUUCCCACCGAUCUACUGUAGUUAAGGAUGGUAUAUUACUGGCUACAGGUUUACAUGUACAUAGAAGUAGUGCUCACCAGGCGGGAGUAGGAACCAUAUUUGAUAGAGUCCUCACAGAAUUAGUGGCCAAAAUGAGAGAAAUGAAAAUGGACAAGACAGAAGUUGGCUGUCUAAGGGCUAUAGUCCUGUACAACCCAGAUGCUAAAGGACUUACUGCUACUCAUGAAGUGGAACAGUUGCGUGAGAAAGUUUAUGCUUCAUUGGAGGAAUACUGUAAAACCCGAUAUCCAGAGGAACCAGGACGAUUUGCCAAGUUACUGCUCAGACUACCUGCCUUACGAAGUAUUGGACUAAAGUGCCUGGAACAUUUGUUUUUCUUUAAAUUGAUUGGUGAUACACCAAUAGACACGUUCCUAAUGGAAAUGUUAGAAAGCCCAACGAAUACUUGAGAACCACAUAUGUGUCAUUUAUUGGAACAGUAUCGGUCACACUUGAUUGACAUGAAGACUGGCUUUGACCCAGUGUGGUUACAAUUUGGGCUGUAUCAUGAUGGUCUUGUAUAAAACAUUCAUCAUUUCCCCUCAUUUUUUCAGUUACAAUUCUAGUUUUAUUAUGUCCACCUAACCUGUGUGAUAAGACCACCUGCAGAUUGCAGUUCAGCUGAAAUUGUUUAUGUUUGUAGUUGAAUUAUAUUGUUAUGAAAUGGUAAUGGUUAUUAUACCCGAUUCUUUGACUAAAAAUUAAGUCCUGCAGAAAACAAAAAUGGCAUGUAAACUGAUAUUUUUUUCUUAAUUAUUAGGUAAUUUCUAAAGAAAGAAAGAAUAAUGUCUGCUGUUCAAUCAUUGCAGUUUGUGUAUAAAGUUCAAAGUCGACUAGUAGUACAAGUUACUUUUGUACUUUAAUUUUCAGAUCAUACUCUGCCCCCUCAAGGUACCAAUCAAUUUGUAGGCCUAGUGAAUGUAAUUUUUUACUUAACAGGAUAUUAUUAUGCUGCUGUUUUUUGAAUAUGUACAAUGUUGUUUCUGAUAAGUGAUGGCUUACUUAAUUUGGCAGUAAUAUAGAGUUUUGAAUGAUCCACUGUGAAAUUUUUCCAGAGUAGCUUAUUCAGGAAAAAAAGGGGAUUGCAUUUCAUCUCCUUUCACAAAAAAUCAAUUUGUAAGGCUCAAAAUUCACUACUGUUUAAACUUAAAAGCAAAAUGAGUAAAAAUAAUAAUCCUUUCUUUCAGUGAUAAAACUUUAUAUCAAAAACACAAAACAUUUCUCAAAAUACCUCUAAAUGAGUGACAACCUUCUUAAUUUCAAUUUGUCUCAAUGAUUCUCGACAUAUUUUAAAGUAGUCCUGUUUGUCUUGUUUGAGGCCAUGAAAUUAAAACAUUUAUUGGCAGAUGACACUUUCAUUCAGAUGUAAUUAUGUCCUCAAAAGGUUUUGUAAUGUUUAUAGUUUUAUAUGUAACAUUUAUAGGUAUUUGUACUUUGUUAUGGCAGACUAGAUGUAAGCAGUCAUGUUGAAUGUUCAAGAUGGUAUUUCUUAUCCACAUUGAUAUUGGUUUCAUUAUACUGUACCCUUACUUUACUUUGUUCAUUUUUUCUGCAUAUGAUAUAUAAGGAUUUAGAUUGUUUUAUGUUGAGAAUAUUUUAAUUUGUCCUUUGUCCAUGAUAAGUUAGUGAGGCAUUAUAGCCUAGAUCUAUUACACCUGUUUGCACGUUAUUCUUUUACAUGAAAAAAUUCAAACAGGUUUGUUUUACCUCUCUUCUCAAAGAUGUCUCUUUGGUUUCUCUUUUUAGUUCAGUCAGAGAUAGAACUUUUUUAGGCAGAUAUUUUCCCUGUAGAUUUAACAACAAUUUGGAUAUUUAUUUUCUAUUUAAUUUCACUUAUGCUUAGAACUUCCAUGAUACCCAGCAUUAAGGUGAUUUUAUAUUACCUAUGGCUAUACUUCUUUAUCAUGUAUAAGAAGUUAAAUGAUUUUCCAAAUCCACUAAGCUAUAUGACUAUCCUAAUAGGAAUUACAUUGUAAAUAUCUACACAAAGUACAUAUCUACUUGAUAUUUUUUUGGCCUUUUUAACUUUUUUGAUUCAAGCGUCACUGAUGAGUCUUUUGAAUGAAAACGAAACGCUAGUCUGAGUACAAAAUUUUAGUCCUGUUAUCUAUGAUGAGUUUAUCUACACCAUUAUGUCAACUUAACACCAUGGAGACAGCUUAUGUAUUGUGAAAAAGAAAUCACCAAAUCAGAGGUUUUAAAUGUAUAGGAGGCCACCUAUUGUGGAAACCUAAACCUACAUUAUCAGCCAUUUGCAGACAUUAGGCAUUUAAAAGCAUUUAUAAUAUCUACAAAAAAUUAUUUUCCUACUGUCAGUGUAAAAUUAUGUAAAGAUCUUGCACAAUAUAUUUGUUUGUUUUUUUUUUGUGAUGAUGAGCUAAAUCUCUUACUACUUUUGAUUCCAAUUUUUAUCCCUAGUGUCUAAUUUUACAUAUAUCAUAUGUUGAAAAAGAGGAUCUAGUAAAUUCAUUGAAUCAUACACAUUGGCAAAAUGUAGUCCCUAUUGUUAUAUUAUGUAAAUACUAUUUGUUGCAAUGAGUAAAUGGCUAUUUUUUUAACUUUGAACAUAAUUACACAAUUUUGUCAGAACUGGCCUGACUGGUACCCUGUUCAGAUAUUUUCCAUGUUACAUGUUUAGAAUAUCAAAACCAGAUUUUGUGCCACCAUUUUUACAUCCCUUUAUAUUACACUCCUCAAUAAAGUUUUAUUUAUAUCAAAAAUUCUAUUUCUAGAAAGAAUGUACAAAGCACUCCCAUAGUUAAUUGUUUAAAAUUCAAUAGCUAUGGCUAUUGAUAAUUUGUAAAUUUUGAUAUGUACGGAUAUGUAAAAUCAAGGGAAUGAUCAUCCGAAUCUACAGAUGGAUUUGUAUUGUCUCCCCCAGGUAACUUAGUUAUGUGUAGAUAACUAAUGUUUCUUAUUUUAUGUAUAAUACUGUGAUAUGAUUAUAAAGUGCUUGGGUAAUAUGUAUUGUAUGCAAGGAUUUGUUUAUUUGUUUUAUUGUUGAUGGCAUUGAUCAGAAGUGAUAUAGGUAAAUAACAGUGUUGAUGAAAAUGUGAUGGGAGAAAACAAAUUGCUAAUUGUGAUGAAAGACUCUUAUAAAGUUAAUAUUUUGAAGAACAGAUAACAUUCUAAGCUUGUUGGUUUACAUUGAAGGAAGACCUGUAAAUUUGUGAAAAUAGUAAAAAAAACAAAAAAAACAGAGGGACUUGUCUUGAUAGGCCUAUAUUUGGAUCACCAUUGCACACAAUUGCAGUUUUCCUGAUGUAUGUAAUAUAAUUGAGUGUUUUUUAGGCACAAAAUGUCUCAUAAGUUCACUUUUUAGUAUCAAGAGAGGCAAUCUAUCAAGACAUCUGUCACUAUGAUAUUUGUUCUGUUUUUCCUUCUAUUGUUUUUUUUCAUGUUGUUUCAACUACAACUUUGAUAUGUCAAUUUGUGAUUGACUCAUGUUUUAUAAGUGCUUUUUUAAAAAAUGUGAACAGUUUUAAUUUUUGAAUAGACAAUUAAUUAAAAGUAAAUUUAUAAUAAUGUAUAUAUUAGUUUUUUUUAAAUGAAUAGAUUGUAACAGAUGUCUGAAAAAAUCCAGCGGUUGCAUGCUUAGACAAAUCUAUAUCAAAGAAAAACUGAAAAUCGUACCUAAUCGACAUAUAACUUUGUGUAUGUUUUUAUUUAAUUGAUGUUAGUGCAGCUAUUGAUUCAUAUGAAUUUAAUGCUCAAUUUCACUGUACAGAUACAGGAUCCUCUGGUUUCACUGUACAGAUUCAGUAUCCACUGUGAUUUCACUGUACAGAUACAGUAUCCACUGAUUUCACUUAAAAGAUUCAGUAUCCACUGUGAUUUCACUGUACAGAUACAGUAUCCACUGAUUAUACUGUACAGAUACAGUAUCCACUUUGAUUUCACUGUACAGAUACAGUAUCUACUUUUAUUUCACUGUACAGAUACAGUAUCCACUGUGAUUUUACUCUACAGAUACAGUUUCUACUUUUUAUACGACCGCAAAAAAUAUUUUGGGAUCGUAUAAUGGUAUGAUGUCGUCUGCGUCAUUGUCUGAAGACACAUUGGUUUCCGGACAAUAACUUUAAUUUAAGUGAAUGGAUCUCUAUGAAAUUUUUUAAGAAGGUUCAAUACCACAAAAGGAAGGUUGGGAUUGAUUUUGGGGAUGAUGGUCCCAACCGUUUAGGAAUUAGGGGCCCAAAAGGGUCCCAAAACAAGCAUUUUUCUAGUUUCAGGAUAAUAACUUGUUUUUAUUUAAUUGAUGUUAGUGCAGCUAUUGAUUCAUAUGAAUUUAAUGCUCAAUUUCACUGUACAGAUACAGGAUCCUCUGGUUUCACUGUACAGAUUCAGUAUCCACUGUGAUUUCACUGUACAGAUACAGUAUCCACUGAUUUCACUUAAAAGAUUCAGUAUCCACUGUGAUUUCACUGUACAGAUACAGUAUCCACUGAUUAUACUGUACAGAUACAGUAUCCACUUUGAUUUCACUGUACAGAUACAGUAUCUACUUUUAUUUCACUGUACAGAUACAGUAUCCACUGUGAUUUUACUCUACAGAUACAGUUUCUACUUUUUAUACGACCGCAAAAAAUAUUUUGGGAUCGUAUAAUGGUAUGAUGUCGUCUGCGUCAUUGUCUGAAGACACAUUGGUUUCCGGACAAUAACUUUAAUUUAAGUGAAUGGAUCUCUAUGAAAUUUUUUAAGAAGGUUCAAUACCACAAAAGGAAGGUUGGGAUUGAUUUUGGGGAUGAUGGUCCCAACCGUUUAGGAAUUAGGGGCCCAAAAGGGUCCCAAAACAAGCAUUUUUCUAGUUUCAGGAUAAUAACUUGUGUACAAGUAUUUCGAUUGCUCUGAAAUUGUACCACAAUGUUUAAUACCACAAGUAGAAGGUUGGGAUUCAUUUUAGGGGUUAUGGGGCCAACAGUUUAGGAAUUAAGGGCCAAAAAGGGGCCAAAAACAAGCAUUUUUCUAGUUUCCAGACAAUAACUUGUGUGUAAGUGUAUGGAUAUCUCUCUGACAUUGUACCACAAGGUUCCAUAUAACAAAGGGAAGGCUGUGAUUGAGUUUGGGGUUAAUUGCCCCAAACAUGUAGGAAUUAGGGGCCAAAAAAGGGCUAAAAACAAGCAUUUUUCUAGUUUCCAGACAAUAACUUGUGUUUCAGUGUAUGGAUCUCUCUGAAAUUGUACCACAAUGUUCCAUACUACAAAGGAAAGGCUGGGAUUGAGUUUUGGGGUUAUUUCUCCAAGGGGGGUUUCAAAAAGUUGGGGGGGGGGGGGGAUUUUUUUCCCCAAUUUUUUUAAGGGAUUCAUAAUUUUUCAAAUUUCGAAUUUUUUAAAAGUUUCAAGAAGAAAACUUCAAUUGCACAGUAUUGUGCAAUAGAUUUGUAAGAUCUUUGACCACAUUUAUUUUGUGUCAGAAACCUAUAUUAUGUCAAAAAUUUGAUCACAAUCCAAAUUCAGACAGUAUCAAGCUUGAAUAUUGUGUUCAAAUUUGCCCAAACUGUUCAGGGUUCGACCUCUGCGGUCGUAUCAGGCUGCACUCAGCGAAGCAUUUUAUAUUUCACUGUAGAGAUACAGUAUCCACUUUUAUUUCACUGUACAGAUACAGUAUCCACUGUGAUUUCACUGUACAGAUACAGUAUCCACUUUGAUUUCACUGUACAGAUACAGUAUCCACUGUGAUUUCACUGUACAGAUACAGUAUCCACUUCGAUUUCACUGUACAGAUACAGUAUCCACUUUUAUUUCACUGUACAGAUUCAGUAUCCACUGUGAUUUCACUGUACAGAUACAGUAUCCACUUUGGUUUUAUUGUACAGAUACAGUAUCCACUGUGAUUUCACUUAUUUGCAUAUUUAAAGUUGUUCCUGUAGGGAUAGUAGAAAAUUCCAUGACAUUACAAUAUGUCAAAUUAUUGCAAAGAAUUUCCCAUCUGUUACUACAAUGUGGAAACAUGUCAUUUAAAAACAAUGUUUUCUUUGAGAAAUAAAAAUGACAUUAUCAAUUAGAAAUAUAUCAGUGUAAAACAUCAUACUCAGCUGUACAUAUGUUGUUUUUUUUUAUGUUAAAAAUAGAUUAUCAGACAAAUUUUACUUUUGAAGACUAACAAAUUACAAAAUAAUUUUAAGAUUUUUAUUUGAAAAUUGAACUAUUCUGUUUUGAUGUUGCAGUUUGAAAUCUGUUCAUAUUUUCUUUUGCCUCAACUGACCAGUGGGUAUCUUUAUUUGUAUGGUUUCUGUAUAAAUGACCAGUGGGUAUCUUUAUUUGUAUGGUUUCUGUAUAACUGACUAGUGGGUAUCUUUAUUUGUAUGGUUUCAACUGACCAGUGGGUAUCUUUAUUUGCAUGGUUUUUACUGACCAGUUGGUACCUUUAUUUGUAUAGUUUUUACUGACCAGUGGGUAUCUUUAUUUGUAUGGUUUUUACUGACCAGUGGGUACCUUUCUAUGUAUGGUUUCUGUAUAUAUUUGAAUUUUCAGUUGUGAUUCAUAAAUGAAGUGUGAAUUGUAAAUUUAUGGUUGUAGAUUGGUUGCUAGGUACCAGAACUUGCUACAUGUAUAUGGAUUUCUAGUUUGUUUUGACAUUACCAUGUAUAUAAUUUUACAGGCACAUAUGAAAAUCAUCAGGGGUUGACUCUCUUUAUUGUACUGUAAAUUAGAAAUUUAUUUAACCAGUUUCAAACAAAAAAUCUGAAUGUAAAAGCUGUUUUAAAUGUAUUUCACAUAAAUAUAGUGAAGAAAAAAACCAACCCUAAAUUAUUUAUCAGCCUUACCUGAAUAAAAUACCUGACCUGGUUGAAAGUUGUCAGUUUAAACUAUGAAUCGUCUAAAAUUAACCACAUAAUGUCCUCAUUAUUGACUUAUUCUAAAUAUCCGAUUGUUUUAGUACUUUUAUGGAUUGAUAUUACUGUUAUGGCAGGGAUUUCAGGGUUAAAGGCAAAUCCUAAAAAUUGUUAGUAUUCAACUACUACUAACUUCCUAUAGGCUGGUAUACUCACAAAAAAACUUUUACUUCAAAAUCAUGAAAAUAAAUUAAUACACAGUUGUUUCAUUGGCACAUAUUAAUAUAGCUCUAAAUUAAGGGGGGAAUGUAAUAUUAUUUCAUCAUAAUUUAAUUUUGGAUAUAACAUGUCUUCUGAUUGGCUGAAAGUGUUUUGUCUAUCAGCUCAUAGACAUAAUUUUGUCAUGUGAAUUGACGUCACCAAGGUUUUUUUCAAAAUUUACUCUUUAAAAAUGGAAUUUAGAAUUAAAUUAUAAGGAAUGACUGUAAUAUUUUUUCUGUCUAUUCGAAAUAAAUGUAAAAAAUGUGGUGCACACUUUUAAAUAACCCGCUACACCAGUUAUUCAGUGUGCACCACAUUUUUUAAGUUAUUUCUUCAUAGACAGAAAAAAUAUUACGGUCAUUCCUUAAUUAAAUUGAAUUCCACUAUUUAGUGUAUCGAAUAAGAUAUACAAAUGAUAUUUAUCAUCUCCUUUUUGAUUAAGGAAAGACAGCUGACAUAUUUUCUUAGUUCAAACACCACUACACAAAUAAUGGCAUAUCCCAAAUGAAACAUUAUAGAUAUUGUUAGUGAUUCUAUUGAAGCCUUGUUCAUUGCUUUGAUAGUCCAGUGCUAUGUACAUAAAAUGUAUAAUGUAUGUUGAGAAAGAAUUAUUUUACACAAUUGUAGAAAUAUAUAUUUUAUCAUUGUAUAUAUAUCAUAAAAUGUUGGUUUUAUUGUGGUAGGCUUAAUUCAUCAACUGUUGGGGAGUGCUAUAUUUGUCUUAUGUCAGGAAUCCAGUAAAAUAUAUAUAUAUAUCAGACAUUGCUAGAAUAAACGAUACAAGAAUUUA